UGAUUCUUCGAGACUGUUCUUCCUGAAAGCAUAACUUCCCCGUUAUUUUGGAACUGAAAAAGAAGUUCUGUUUUUCAGCCGUUGAAUUGCAGUGUUAACAGCGCUGCUUAAUCAGAGACCUUGACUGAAGGAUGCGGAGAUGAAAGUGGACGUGUAGUAACGGCCUGUUUCCAUCACUUUCCUGUCUGUGAUCUUACUGACUCCACUUUGGUUUGGGAGGGUCACACUCUCUGCACUAUCUCUUAAUGGGUGCCACAGAGAUGGACUUUGGGCUAUCCCUGUUUGAGGCCCUGGGCUACGUGGAUGACCAGCUGUUUGUGUCCUACAAUCACGAGAGUCGCCGUGCAGAACCCCGCGUUCCGUGGGGUAGGACCACCGGCCAGCUGUGGCUGCAGCUGAGUCAGAGCCUGAAAGGGUGGGACCACAUGUUCAUGGUCGACUUCUGGACCAUCAUGGACAACCACAACCACAGCAAGGUAACAAAGCUGGGGGCGUUGCCAGAGCCCCACACCCUGCAGGUGAUCCUAGGCUGCGAGGUGCUGGAGGACAACAGCACCAGGGGCUUCUGGAAAUACGGCUACGACGGCGAGGACCACCUGGAAUUCUGCCCCGAGCUGCUGAGCUGGAGAGCAGCUGAGCCCGGGGCCUGGGCCACCAAACUGGAGUGGGAAGUGAAUAAGGUCCGGGCCAGGCAGAACAGGGCCUACCUGGAGAGGAACUGCCCCCAGCAGCUGUGGCAGCUGCUGGAGAUGGGCACAGGGGUCCUGGACCGGAAAGUGCCCCCUUCGGUGAAGGUGACUCACCACGUGGCCUCUGCAGUGACCACUCUUUGGUGCCAGGCUCUGAACUUCUACCCCCACAACAUCACCAUGAGGUGGCUGAAGGACAGGCAGCCACUGGACACCAAGGAUGUGGAGCAUGGGGACGUGCUGCCCAACGGGGAUGGGACCUACCAGGGCUGGAUGGCUUUGUCGGUGCCCCCUGGGGAAGAGCAGAGACACACCUGCCAGGUGGAGCACCCAGGCCUGGAGCAGCCCCUCAUGGCCACCUGGGAGCCCUCCAGGUCGGGCACCCUGGUCAUUGGAGUCGUCAGCGGGGUCGCCGUUGGUGUCACCAUCUUUACUGGAAUUUUGUUCAGAAUCCUACAGAGAAAGCAGGUUUCCGGAGGAGCCGUGGGGGACUACAUUCUGGCCAGCAGUGAAUGAGGUACAGCCUGCAGACCCCGGUGGGAGACACAGGGAGACUCAGAGAGGGUGUUCUGGUGAAGUUCUUGUCUCUGAGGACACAGUUGGGCUGACAGAAAGGAACUGGCCCAUGACCUCUGCUCGUCACCAUCCCCCAUUUGGGGUUUGAGCUUCUACCUGCCGACAUUCCCCACUGUGACCUCUCCCCAUCUGGCUCUGUGAAUCCUGGGCUGCUUCUAGAGCCUGCCUUGGCUUCCCGCAUCAUCUCAGACUCCAUGCACCUGCAUCGUCUCAUGUCCGAUCUCUGCAACAAGUGUCCUCAAAUAUGGGGGACUCAGGAUUUUCCCGAACAUGUGAGAAAAGCUUGAACCUUCUCCUCAGGGCAUUCGUUUUCAUACUACUGCCGUGCACACGUCCUGGCAUUUCUGGGACCCUUCGAGUUUCCUUUCAAUCCUCUGUCUCUGUCCUCCAGUGACUCACCUGUCCCUGGCCCUGUGGUCUCUUCCCUUGAGAGUGAUCUGGAUCACUGCGCGGCUGUCUAGGCUGCUCAUGCCCCACAGCGAAAGGGGAGGAGGCACCUUCUUCACAAGAGGCAUCAUGGGUGUUCGUGUGUAUCAUGAUUGUUUUGCAGAAAGUGGGUGGGAAGUGUCUCGAGGAGGGGGCCUUUGUUCUAGUGUGCACAGAGGUGUCAUAGAGGGGUCUCCAGACAAAUGCCACCUGCAGCACAAAGCCUCUCCGGUAUACCAGACUGGAAAUGGAGCAAUAGUGUUCUCUGCUGACCCUUUGUCCUUGUUCUGAUCAUGAAAAUGAUGACGAUAAUGUGGCUGACACUUAGCACAAAGGCACUUGCUUGGAAACAGAUUUGGUUCUGAACACCUACGUACAUGCAUUUCCUCCAUGAUUCUGACCGUAAUUCUUUGAUGCAAGAACGAUUAUCCUCAUUUUUUAAAUAAAGUAAGUGAAGCCCAGCUUGCCAGAGAUUGAGACGGGUUUCAAACUCUGUCAGUCUGACUCUGAUCCAUCCCACCCACUGCAUUCAGAUGCUCAGCUAUGUGGAGGGAACAGAGCAGAAAAGGCGCAGCUACCAGAUGCUCCUCUCGUCUCCUUGUCUUUGUUCUCUGUGACCUGGACCCACAUUCUGGGGAGACGGCAGCAAACAAUCUCAGCCAUGCUUCCUUUCAGAGUCCUGUGGGACGGACCCUGGCACAUGGCCCUUACUGCUCCAUUGCCACCACCUCUCUGCUCUCCCCACUGUCAAUCUUAGGCACCGAGGUCGUGGCUGGGUUUCGUGGUGUCAGUUAGUGGCUGGGUUGGACCACAGGGUCCUCUGUACACCAGUGCCCCUGGAGUCAGAACCCUGGUGGCAUUUCCCUCCAUGUGCUGGAGCCACCUCUCAUAUUAAACAUGGUACAAUGAAAGCCACCAAAUGGCCUGGAAGGUACCUGGCAUCUUCCUGGGGCUCCUGGGGGUCUAUUCUCAUCCCCAACUGUGCACAUUCAAAAAAUGUGAGGUAGCCAGCCUCUGAGGAGUGAGUGGGCUCUGGUUCAGUGAUGCCUCUGACCAUGUUCUAAUGCACAUGUCCAGGCGGUCUCUGCUUUCCCGAUGCUGCUGCCCAUGUUUGGUUGCAAAGCUGUGGCACCAGGCAACCUGUCUGGGGGGGGGCGUGCGCCUCAAGAGACCAAAUACAGCUCAGGAGUUUGCUGGUAGGUACUGACUUUGGGCAAAGAGAUUCAACUGUUUUAAAAAAGUUUUCUUUUUUUCUGUUUGCAAAAGUUAAGUGCAUAAAGUACAUGUAAUAUGUGCUUACUGUAGAAAAGUUGAAAAUGAAUUAAAUUGAAACUCAUUCCAUUUGCCAGUGAUGAACUCUGUUAAUAAUGUGUGUUCCUCUCAAUAUUACUGCUAUGUUAAAAUAUAUAAAAGCAUU